CACGGAGUCAGUCGCUCCACGUUAUCCGCAGGAGUCAGUUGCGCGCACGGUUCUCCACUAACAGCAACACGCGCUCUCUCACCUGUCAUGAAGUAAACACUGGAUUCGCGGUGAUCUCGUCGCUGAGGCAUUGAUGGCUCCGGUGCUAUCCUGUGGUGCUUCCGUUUAGGUUCCGUACAGUAUUCAGUAACACUCCUCGCAAAAGGAUAACUCCUUGGUUAUCCUUCAGUUCCGAAAAUAGUGAUUUGCGUGAAUAUUAAGCUGCCACUUUGCCGAAUCCAGAAAGCUAAACGGGACGCACACGUGUUUGAUAGAUAGCCUAGUACAUCAAAAAAUAAUGAGAAUAGUGUAUUAAUCGACGGUUGAUUUUCCGGUAUCGGUGUAAGAAUCAUCUCCCUGUACGUAUUAGUUGUAACACUUAGGAAUUUCGAUGUUGCCAUUGUUAUCUAGUGGUGUGUAGAGAUCCCCAAGCCGCGACAGUGAUAAGGAACAGCCGAACCGAGAGGGUGUAAAGUGAAUAUUUAAACUUAUCGAUCAAACAGUCGCGAUGCAGCACCACCCGGGGUCCUGGUACCUUCCUUGGGGUGUUCCCCUGCAAAAGAUGGUCGCCGUGCCGAUCCAUCCCGCGGGCCAUUUGCACCUGCAGCCCCCGGCCAUGCACGUGCAGCCCAUGCUGGCGGGGCUGCCGACGCCUUUAGCGACGCUCAGGACUUUCGUGACGCAGCCCACCAUGAGGCAGCCACAGAGAAAGAUAUGUGGAGGAGAAAAGGACAAAGGAAAAUUGACGGGGACAGAAAAGCGCAAAGCAGACGAUGGUGAACCUAACAAGGAUCUUAAAAAGGCGAAGCUGGAAACGAAGGCCCUAAAAGCAAAACGUCCCGGCUUCACAGAUGAUCGCUACAACGAAACCUCUUACUACAUAGAGAACGGAUUAAGGAAGGUGUACCCGUACUACUUUACAUUUACAACGUUUACCAAAGGACGAUGGGUCGGAGAGCGAAUUCUGGACGUAUUUGCCAGAGAAUUCAGGGCACAUCCAGCGGAGGAGUACGAAAGGUGUAUACAAGCGGGAACGCUCACUGUAAAUUACGAAAAGGUUCCUACGGAUUACAAAUUGAAGCAUAACGAUCUACUCGCCAACAUAGUCCACAGACAUGAGACCCCUGUGUUAGCAAACCCAAUCAAGUUAAUACACGUUGACGAAGACAUAGUAGUUUUGGACAAACCGUGCUCAUUACCGGUACAUCCCUGCGGAAGGUACAGGCACAACACCGUAGUAUUUAUACUUGCCAAAGAAUAUAACCUGAAAAACCUGAGAACGAUCCACCGACUGGAUCGACUGACCAGCGGCUUGCUACUUUUCGGCAGGUCGCCGAAGAAGGCGAGACAGAUGGAACACCAAAUCAGGAACCGCCUUGUAUCUAAGGAGUACGUUUGUAGAGUAGAAGGAGAAUUUCCCGAUGAAAUGAUCGAAUGCAAAGAACCUAUCGAAGUCGUGAGUUACAAAAUAGGAGUUUGCAAAGUUUCACCAAAGGGCAAGGAUUGCAUCACAUUCUUCCAAAAAUUAGGUUAUAACGGUAAAUCUAGCAUUGUACUAUGUAAGCCGAAAACAGGGAGGAUGCAUCAGAUACGGGUGCAUCUACAAUACUUAGGUUAUCCAGUAGUUAAUGAUCCUCUAUAUAAUCACGAAGUGUUUGGACCUUUGAAAGGAAAAGGUGGUGAUCUGGGUGGGAAGACCGAUGAAGAACUUGUAAGAGAUUUGAUCCAUAUCCACAACGCCGAGAACUGGUUGGGAAUGGAUGGAGAUAGCGAGCUGUCUAUGUUCAACACCAGGAAGGGAGAUUUAGAUGAUUCUUUAGUUGGACCUCUUGUGCCUAAAGACCGUGUCUUGGGUGACGACGACGCCGAUCCAGUAUCCAGAGAACCGUCGCCCUGCGAUGAAACCUGCGACAAUACAUCUUCACUAGCCUGCGAAUCCUCCACCAACCCCCUGGCGCUGCCCUCGUUGAACUCCCGCAGCGGCGUAGACGCGAAAGUAACGGUGGCGACACAGACGGGUCACGAGGCACCCGACUUUAGUUUUAAUCCGGACAAAAUGACAGUCGAUAAACACUGUUACGAAUGCAAGGUUCGUUACAGGGACCCCAAGCCACAAGAUCUAGUUAUGUACUUACAUGCUUGGAAAUACAGGGGUCCAGGUUGGGAAUUUGAAACUGAGCUUCCCGAAUGGGCGAGAGUCGACUGGGUGGAUCCUGACAUAUCUGAGUGAUGACUGCAGAAGAAUAUUUACAUUUUACCUUAAUAUUAAGGCAUCUCUUAUCCACUCUGUCUUUCCAUGCUCUUAGAAUUAUUGACGUGGUAAUUCCCACAAAAAGGCAGGGUCCAAAAACAUGAUUUCAAUUCAUAUUAUAAUUUCGUGUACAAAUUGAUUGAUGUUCGUAUUUUACAGUUUCUUUGUAGGUAUUUCAGUGCUAUACAUAAUUUUAAGGUCAGCUUUUAGUAUAAAGUGAAAAAUUCAAUCAUGUAUUUUUCUAUGUAACUAUAAAAUCAAGUAAAAUACCUUAACUGUAAUUGGUGUAUUACAGUAAGUGCCAUUUUUCUGCUCAUUUUCAGAGCAGACCUUCAUUUUCCCAUCAAUAAAGUACUGGAAUACAUAUUGUGCCUUGGAUGUGUGUUGUGACAUCAUUUGCAGAUUUAAUCUUGAAAUAUAUCUACUUUCAUAUCAGCUUCUCGGACCCUUGCUUCCAUUGUUAGUUGUUAUACGAUGUUAUGUAUUAUAUUUAAGCACUGACACGGAUUGUUGGAGAAUUAGGAAUGAAGUAGACUUGCACCUACUUAUUUUGUCCCAUGUCCCAUGUUGCUUUCAGUAUUUUAUCUAAUUAUGCAUUUAAUAUAAUGCAGGUAGUUAAUUUGAAACCAUUAAUUUUGCAUACUCAGCUUCAGAUACAGCUCCCGCAUAAUUUUCACGUGAUUCAGAGUCCGCAUAAGUUUCCUACUAAUCUAGACGAAUGUAAUUUGUAAUUCAAAUAUGCAUUAUAAUUAAAAGCCAAGUUGAAAUUAAUUUAAAACAUAAGAUAUUUUUUUUAUAUAUUUUAAAUUUCAAAUUAGGCCCUGCAUUAUGUUAAAAUAGAAGGAAAAGACAUUUUGUGUUUUUGUGAUAUUUAUCUGUUUUUAUAAUUUCCCUAUUGUGUGAUUUAAAAAUUAUUUUGGACUAUUUUACUUUGAUUUCAUUCCUUUUAACCGUGGGAUAUUAGAUUUAAUUCCAUGUAGUAAUUAAGGUUAAAUGAUUAUUUGUCGGUGCUUACAUACAAACUUAGAAUUAUUUUACAAAAGACACUACCUAGUUAGAGUUAUUUUAAGUUGUGUCUGUACUUAUAAAGGUAAAUGAAAUUGUAUAUUUCUUUCUCCUACAGUAACUUAUUGUAAAAAUAUAUUAAGGGAAAAUGGCAUAUUGUAACAAGUAUUAGUAAAUAUAUUGACCUAAAUUUAUACAGACAUAUUUUUGUACAAAAAAUAUUAGUCUUAUUAACUUAAUAAAAAUUUAAUGUAUUCUUAUAAUAAAUUACUGUUUUAUAAUUGAUAUUUGUGAUGUAAAGACAAUUAUAGGGACCUAAGUACUCUACAUUAGUGUAUAAGUUUUUAUUAUCAUCACUAGAAGUAUCAACUUAUGAUAAUUAUUGCAUAAAUUUUGCGCUUCUGACAAAAUUUUGUUAGGCUUUUGAAAUUUUAAAAAUGUGUGUCGAAUUGAGUGUACAUUUGUUAAACGAUUGGUUGCCAAUGAUAUUAUGAAAGAAUAUAGGUGUUUUCAGAAAAAUUGACUCGUAUUAACUUCAUUUACUGACUACUAACACUGAAAUGCUCUCACAUAUUUUUUAUUUUCAGUCUAAAAUUGAGCCAUAUAUUACAAGGUACUUUAUCACUCAAAUAUUUCGGCAGUGAAAUAUAAAUAUAUGUAUAAUUUCCUUAAUAAAAAUAUUAAAAACAAUUAUAGCAUUAGUUUAUGAAUAAUAUACAGUGUGUCCACAAAUGGAGUUGUAAAGAAGGAAAGCUUAAUAUUUCAUUUUGUGUAAAAAAGUAGUUCUUGCAAAAAAAUUCUAAGCAGAAUUUUUAACAAGAAUUACGUUUUUUCAUAACAUGAAAAUAAUAUCUUCAACUCCAUUUGUGGUCACACUGUAUAUUAGCCAUAUACAGUGUGACCUUUAAUGGUUUUUAUAUAUAUUGGCCUUCUAGAUGUACUUGCUGGACCUAUUAUGCUGAUCCAACUGCUAAUCCACAUACUACUAUGAUAUUUUUUUUGCAGUCAAUUUUUUCGGAAAUUACUCAAGGGAUUUUUUUUAUUAAACAUAUGGCAAUGUGGUGUUCUUUAGCAUUAUUUAAAACACGUGUUGCCAUCAAUUUUUGCAGAAGAAUAAUUUUUUUAUAGAACCUCAAAAGUUAUGUUUAUUGAAUUCGUGUUUUCGUUAAAAUAUGUAGAAGGCAUAUAAUUAUUAGUCUAAAAUAUUAUUCAUUUACUUAUUUGAUAAAUUAAGGUAUUAAUGUAAAAACAAUAGCUAUAAUAACAUUUAUUUCAACAAAUUACAUAAAAAAAAUUGAAAGUUUGAAACAUUCGAAAAUAAACCGACCAAAAACAACUGAAAUAUUAGAUAUGUCCACAAGUCUUAAUUCGAUACAUUUUUCAUACCGUCUCAAAAUAUUUACCUGCACUUUUUUAAAUUGACUCCGUUGAUUUCAGCACAUGCUUGCUCUAUACCAAAUUUUUAACCGUACCCCUCAAGAAUGUCCAGUGGAUUCAUGUCUGUGACCCUAGGUAGUCAUUCUAUUAGUGGAUUGUUAUGUCCCAGCCACAGAUUUCGAAAAUGGGUAUUUAAGCAUUCCCUUACCAGUGCAGAAUUAUGCUCAGAACUACCCAACUGAAAAUGAAGAUUCAAGCUGUUCUCAAGGGGAAUAUUACUUAGAAUUUCUAAAAAUUCAUAUCGAAAAAAAUUCUAAAAACCUGCAUGUAUUUAAAUUUCCAUUGAAAAGGAAAGGUCCAAUAAUUUUUUAAUUUAAAAUUCUGCAUCAAUCAUCCACUUUUUGAGAAUACUUAUUGGUUUUUGUUGACAAUCCAUUUCGGAUUUUCUUCCGACCAGUGACAUAAAUUUUGAAACGAUACUACUCCGUUACUUGUAAAAGUUGCUAUUUCAUCAUAAUUCUCAAAGAAAUUGAAGAAUAGCCAGUUUAGAACUAAAUAUACCUAAAGAAACCAUAACAAAAUGUUUAAAAAUAAACAAAUGAAAGCCAUAUAAGAGAAAGUUUCUGUUGGAGUUCUGUAUGUGAGCACGGGGGGAGUAUCACAAUGGUAUAUUUUUAAAAUACAUACCGUCUAUAACAGUCUAUAACAAUGAAACAACUUCUAUGACUAAAAUUUUACGAUACUGGUCAGAAGAAAAUCUGGAAUGGAUUAUCAGUUGCAAACUGUAAAAUAAAAUAAAAUAAAAUAAAUAAAAAGUCAGUACACAGACUUAGAAUUUCUGGACCAUAAUUUUUUAGAAGUUCUAGAUAAUUUUAAUCUUGUAGAGAACAGUAUGAAUUUUCAUUUCCAGUUAAAUGAUAAUUAUGUAAUAAGGGAAUGGUUAAACAAAUACCCAUUUUCGAAAUCUGUGGAUAUAGGAUAGUUCUCAGAUAUUUCCAGUGCCUUCUACAUUUUUUAGUGGAAAUUCAAUAAAACUUAAGACUAUAACAAAAUUAUUAUUUGGUAAAAAUUGAUGUAAUUUGGGCAGCAGUUAGAGGUUUUAACUGAUGCUGAAGAAUACCACUUUGCCACAUUUUUAAUAAAAAAAUCCCCAAAGUAAUUUUUUAAAAAAAUUAUUGCGUUAGCUGCUGGAUCAUCGUAAUAGCACAUUUAAGGAGAAAACGCAUUAGGCAGUCGCGUUCCCGUCGCAUCGCGGACCGUACUAGUCUCGAUCGCGCACAGUGGAGUUCCUUCCCAUGUUUUAUAAUGUAUGCAUUCGCACUAGACAUCCGCGAGCUCGUCUCGCUCGCAUCGCGUUCUCCUCCGAUCUUUUUCAAAGAAUCUCGGGAGACCGAGAUGCGAUCGAGACGAGCUUCCUCUUCCAUGGAACUAAUUUCCUUAACUUCUAAAACCAGGAUUGCAGGAUUGUAUGCAAUUGCCAAAUGCGACUGAUUUUGUAAAAGACCGCGAUCAGCUCAGCCCAGAACGGACCGCGAUGCGACGGGACUGCGACCACCUAAUGUGUUUUCUCCUUUAGAAGGCCAAGAUUCUCUUGAUAAUCCAUGGUCUGGUUCAAUUUUUUUUGGAAGUUAUUUUCUAAAAAGAAAUAAAAUGUUUUAAGAUUGAAGUAAAUGAACCACGAUAUAUUAAAAAUUAUAAAUUAUUAAAAUAUGAAAGAUAAAUAUAUUUAACUGUUUAUAGCUAAUUUUAAAGCAUAUUUUAAAUAUCUCCUUUGUGUCAGCAAAUCAUAAUUUCUUAAGUCAAUUUAUAUUUUCAUUGAUAAGAAUUUAAUAGUGAAGUUUUGUAAUUAUUGUGUAAUUUUGCAAAUAAUAACUGCAUAAACUCGAUCUAAGGACAGACAAUAACCAAAAUCCUAAUCCACCAUUCAUUAAAAUGAUUGAAUACGUAUUGAACUUUUACAUAUUCUUGGUAACCAAAAAUAAUUUUCUGCUUGUAAACAAGGAGGAAAGGCCUUUUACUGCAUGAAUUUAAAAUUUGUAAAGCAGUCUACAUGCAUAUCUCGCAGCCAAAAAGUAAAAAAAAACAAGAUUUGUACAAUCCUAAUGAGCUUAAGAAUAAUCAUAACCUAGCUUUUAUAAUUUUCUAAUGUUACCUACAAUAAAGACCCAAAUUAUUUUAUGUAAGCUUUGCGCUUCCAUUUAUAUCAUAGAGAGUAGUCAAGGAAAGAAUAUAAAAUUUAACAAUAUUAAAAAGAUAAUAUUUUCAUAACCGAAAUAAACAACGCAUAAAUGUAGGGUAAUCUUUAUUGUUUAUCUGGUGUGUUAUCUACUAACUUCUUUUGUUAUAGAGUUUAAGUAAUUUAUAAAAGACAGUAUUGUAUUACUCGUUAUGAUUUUUAAAAGGAAGCAAAUUUUGAAAAUGUAAAAUGUUUCAUAGUGAAUGGAUAUAUUAAAUUUUAUUGGUAUACGUAUGACCUGUAUGUAGCAAGUUUUGCUGCUACCUGUAUUGUUAAAUUAUGUUCAUAGCUUGUUAUAAUCUGUGAUGGUUAUUAUUUAUACAGCUAUAACAAGGUAUUUUAAGAGUAAAUAUAGAGAUUCUGUAAUUAUAUUGUAGUUUACAGUGUGUAAUAAAAGUGA